AUGAUGGUUGGAGUCCCUGUACGACCAACGACGCACCUCAAGGCCGCCUCCUAUUAUCAUAUGUAUCUUGCCGCCGGCUUCCCUGUCACUGGCCGCAUCAGGGCAGCAAACGUCGCUCUGGACCUCUGCAUGCGCGUCCGUCAUGCUGACGUGCGUAUCUCGCUCGUACAGGGGUCUCAGCAACGACUCGACCCUUUCGGAUGCAAUGACACUCAAAUCGCUGGCACGAGCCAUUCAAGAAUGAUGAUCGCUCACAAUACGUUUAUUUGGUUUGGGUCGGUUCUCUAG